GUAAGGGUCUGUGUCCCUCGGCCUGAUGUCCCCUUGGCUUGGCAUCCCCUCAUCUCGACGUCCCCUCGGCCCGCUGUCCCUCAGACCAACGUCCCCUCCUCGGCAGACCGCAACCCGCUCCGGUCCCGCCGGUCCCUUCCCAGGCAAACCAACCUCAACAGGCGUCCGCAGCCGCCGAUGCAGAGUGGUUCCCAGUCAUCCCCACUCCUUCGGAAAGCAGGGCAGGAUUUUGGCUUCCUUGUCUGAUACUUAACACUUUUAUUUGUAGUAUUUUAAUACUUAAGACUAAACAAAGCUGAUCUUCGAACUCAGAACACGUUCUUGCUUUCCAUGUUUUCCCCUCCUGUUGCUAAGAAUUGCCAACAGCUUGGCUUCGCUGCCGCUCAGUUCCUCCAGUUUUGUACCGUGGGAUACCCGAAAGAAUUAAUGACGCUAGUGAUACAAUAACUGGACAGCUCAGGACCCCGUAUGCCUCCCUUGAGCUCUCAUCGCAUCCCAGUGAGGUGCUAGGAGAGCUCCUCGUGCCUCUGCUGAACACCCCUCCGAGGAACCGCGUGGGCGGCAGGGAGAGAGCAGCACCUCCGACUCCUCUAGCCUUCAUCACUGCAGAGCAGGAAAACGGUCCCCCAGCGUUCAGGACAGUCUUUCUGCACGCUUGGAAGUGAUUGUUGGUCCCAUUUUGACGCCACCAAGAUGGCACCCAAAAAGAAACCCACCAAAAAGUCUAAGGUGGUCAAAGGAGAUGCAUCCAUCACCCCCAUGAUGGUGGAAGACGCUCUGCUGGAUGUUGAACACCUCAAUCACUUGAAUGGUUUGUACGACAGCGGCUCCAACGGCUUCCACUGCACAGCUACGGAGGUUGAAGCGCCGGACCAUGGAGCCGGCCUUCUGGAAGGGGUGAACAAGAUGCGCCAGGAGCGCUUCCUCUGUGAUCUCACCAUUGCCACCAAAACAAAGUCCUUUGAGGUGCAUAAACUCAUCCUGGCUUCCUGCAGCAUGUACUUCCACAGCCUGUUGCAGAGAGACCCCCAGCUGCACCGGGUGGAGGUCCACAACAUCUCCCCGCUGGGCUUGACUUCUGUCAUCACAUACGCUUACACAGGGAAGCUGAGCCUCUCGCUGUACACCAUCGGGAGCACCAUCGCUGCAGCCACCCAGCUGCAGGUGCCAGCGCUGCUGAACAUGUGCAGCGACUUCCUCAUUCAGGAGAUGGAUGUGGAGAACUGUGUGUAUAUCGCCAACAUCUCGGCCACGUACAGCCUCAACCAGGUGAAGGACGCCACCCAGAAAUUCAUCCGGGAAAACUUCCUGGAGUUCUCCAAGACUGACCAGUUCAUGAAACUCCCCUUUGAUCAGAUCAAUGAGCUGCUGAUGGACGAUGGCCUGCAGAUUCCCAGCGAGGUUGCAGCCUUCCAGAUAGCUGUGAAGUGGCUGGAGUUUGACCCGAAACGGGUCCGGUACGCUGCUGACCUCCUGAGCAACAUUCGAUUUGGCACAAUCUCAGCUCCAGACUUGGUCAACCAUGUGCAACCUGUGCCACGCAUGAUGCAAGAUCCGCAGUGCCACAAGCUCCUCGUGGAUGCCAUGAACUACCAUCUGCUUCCCUACCAGCAAAACACACUUCAGUCUAGGAGAACCAGGAUACGGGGAGGCCAAAGGGUGCUUGUCACAGUCGGGGGCCGUCCAGCUUUGACUGAGAAAGCUCUUAGCAGGGAAAUCAGCUACAGGGAUGCAGAGGGAAACUGGAACAAGCUGACAGAGAUGCCAGCAAAAAGUUUUAACCAGUGUGUGGUGGUGAUGGAUGGGUUCAUCUACAUCGCAGGUGGGGAAGACCAAAAUGAUGCCAGGAACCAGGCUAAGCAUGCUGUCAGCAGUCUGAGCAGGUACGACCCACGCUUCAACACCUGGCUGCACCUGGCCAGCAUGCAGCACAAGAGGACACACUUCAGCCUGAGCGCCUGUGACGGGCUCCUCUAUGCUGUCGGAGGGCGCAAUGCUGGGGGCAUGCUGGCGUCCAUCGAGUGCUACGUCCCCACCACUAACAGCUGGCAGACUAAGGCAAGCCUGGAGACACCCCGCUGCUGCCAUGCCACCACCGUCAUCGACGGCAAACUCCUGGUCACCGGUGGCUACAUCAACUAUGCCUACUCCCGCACCGUGUGCAACUACGAGCCCAGCACCAACACCUGGAAGGAGCAGGCAAGGCUCAGCACGCCUCGGGGCUGGCACUGCGCAGCCACCGUGGCCAACCGGGCGUACGUGCUGGGUGGGAGCCAGCUGGGUCCCCAGGGCGAACGGGUGGACGUGAUGCCUGUGGAGUGCUACAGUCCAGCCACGGGGCAGUGGAGUUACGUGGCGCCCCUGCCCACGGGGGUCAGCACAGCCGGGGUGGCUCUGCUGGAGGGGUGCUUGUGUCUAGUGGGUGGCUGGAACGAGAGCGGGAAGAGGUAUCAGAAGUGCGUGCAGUGCUACAACCCUGACCUCAAUGAGUGGGCCGAGGCCGAGGACCUCCCCGAGGCCACUGUGGGUGUGUCGUGCUGCACAAUCACCCUCCCGCGCCCCCAGAGCCGCGAGUCCCGGGCCAGCUCCGUGGCCUCAGCCGCAGCCAGCAUGUAAGGAGGCCUGGGUGCCACACGCCUUAGGCCAGCAGCUAGGAAAGGAGACAGAGCUCAGGCCUUGCCCAUGGUGUGCAGGGCAGCUGGAUGGGGUAGUACACUUAUGUUUGAAGUCACUCCAAGGUCUCAAAUACUCUUCUUCCAUCACAGCACAUUUUGAGCUCUAGGAAAGCUGCCUGCAUCUCUCCAUCCUGCCGCUUAAGCAGGGAUUGUUAAGCAGGGCAGACACGGAAUCAACCAUGGGAGGGAACAACCUUUCUCAUCAGUCUGCAGUGCUAUAUCACAUCGUGAAAAAAAAAAAAAAAAGAAAAACAGUAAAACAAACUGGAGUAAUGCAGGAGGAAUUCUACUGUAGGAAUAGUAUCGCAAGACACUUUCAAAACAACAGUAGUAAUUGUAUUAGAUAUAAGAAAGUGACAGGUCUAGAAUAGCUCCUGUUGCUCUUCACACAACAACUGUUUGUUCAAGGGAAACAUAUUUAUUAAUAACUCAUUGAAGCUAGACACCUUCAGAAAGUGAAUCUUUAUACCAGGAAAGACAAUCAAUCAUUGGAACAACUUACUAAGAUUUCUGUUCUAAGAGCUCUGUUUCAGCUCAAGCAGAGAGAAUCGGGGAGUGCCAGGGGACGCUAACUAUAAGGCUCCAGGCGAUUCAAGAGGCAAAUGGUGCCCUGAAAUUAAGUAUCAGCUAGAUCAGAGGCCAGCAGCUCUUCAUAUCUUAAGCAGGAGCCAUCUUAGAUAUAUUCCUAGUACCAUCAAGCUGACAGCUUGGUCUUCAACUCAGUCGCUGCUUCACCAUUGUUGUAAAAUCAGGGUCUGGCCUAAGAGACUCCUAAAAGGAGAAUGACUAUAAAGAGGCCACUUGUUUCCUCAAACAAGUGUUUGCUCAGUGUCUGGAGACCCUCCCUGUCAUGAGCGCAUACAUGCACUGAGUUUGAGUGAGACAACUUAUUGGUCUUUCUUUAAAAUCUGACAGACCCCUCUUGGCACAGAACCUCUGUGCUCUUCUCACCCCACGGCUCUAGUGCUGUACUAGGACACAAUGGCCCUUCAGAGGGCGUAGGGAUUGCAGGAACUCCUUUACAGGGCCGCAGAGGUCGGGACUCACACUCUCAGUUUCGGUAUCUCAGGACAACCCUCAUCACAGCGAUCCAAAACCCUGCCCCAGCAGGUCUCAGAUACAGCCUAAGAGUUAUGAUAACCUGUGACAUGCAGGAGGUGAGAGAUUGGUGUUUUCCUGGCCCCAACCCAUGCUUAUCACAGAACACCACACAGAAGUCAUAUGCUGAGGCCAGAAUCUUUUGAUAAUGGGGGUCAUGCUACUGGAGAACAUUUAUAUGCAAUUCCAGACUGGCUUGUCACCUCUGUCUUGGACCUUGGCUGCAAGUGAACUAUGCAAUGCUGAGCAUCCAGGCAAACGCUCUUGGUUUUGGUCUUUUUUGCACAACGUAACAAAAUCACAACCAGGAAGCCACUGAACCCCUUAAAGGGGACUCCCAUGUGCUGCACGCCAGGCAAUGCCAAGGCAAGAACUUCAGAAAAACAGAUCAUAUUGCACUUACUUCACCAAAAUCGCCAAAGCUGAAAAGCCAAUAAGCAGGUUGCGUGGGUUAUCAUUCACAUAGGAGAGGUAUUGAUCUUUCCCUAGGAAUUCCCUAUUUCAAUUCAGACAGGGUAGGUUCAUACCAAGAAGCCUAAACCUAUGCAAAGGCAGUACAGAGCUACAUAGAUGCAUUAUUUCUGUUCAGCAAGUUUACUCUCCUCCAUGCAUUUUUUGCAUGAACAGAACAUGCUGCACUGCAUAUUCUGGAAAGGGCCCCAUCCUGAACAGCACUGGCAGCCUCCUCUGGUUUACAAUUCAAAAUAGGCUUUCCUUGCUGGAGUUACAGCACUUGAAAAGUGCUGUAAUCUUUGAGACAACACUAUACUAGUCACUGGUGUUACAGAGCGUGCGUGUAUUUGAAUGGAAGUGAACUUGUCCCUUGUUCCUUCUUUUUUUUUUAAUUACAUUUUUUACUGCUACAUGCUUGAGAGGACAAAAUGCUAGAGCAGAGGCAAGGAUGUUGCUGAACUCCAGUUGCGUGAGCUGUGUUGUCCUGCAAGGAAUUUUCUCUCUAAACAAUAAAAGCCACUCCUUUGCAGGGGCAGUCUGUCUGGCUGUAUAAUUACAGUAUUUGAUUUUUACCAACUCCAGUAGGUAUUGAAGUAUUUUUAACCAAGUCCAGAUCCAUCCUCCACCUUUCAGGUACUUUUAGUAUUAUCUUGUUAGCACUUCUGCAGUGUGUUAAGAGCACCAAGGAGAUCCCUGGGGUAGGAACAACUCUACCAGCUGUAGGUAAGGGCAGCUGAGGUCACCCACACACACUACUAAAGGAAGCAGCAGGGAUCAUGAGUUGUUCUGCUGGCUGAUAUUCAGCCCCCUCUUGCCCUGGCAGGUUUGAAUCUUGGUUCAGGAGCCUUGCCAGUCCCAGAACACUGCCAGCAGCAUAUGCAUUAGUCAUUCAGGCUCAGGCGUUUUAACCAAGUUCUGUCAUGCUUAUUUAGACAAAAACCCUCAGCCACGUUUUGAAUCUACUGCUGUGCUUUAUCAAGAGUCUGAAAGGGAGGUAUGUGCACCAUUUCCUUUCUGUUUUUCCUAUUGAACUUACACUUCACUGGGUCUUAGGGCACCUGAGGUUUUUCACAAAUACAGAACCCCUCUUCCACUUUUAAGAGCAGACCACCCUUCUGACUGCAGGCUUGGGCUGUGGGAAGACCAGAACAAGCAUGUUGAACUCUUCUGUCCUCCUCUGGAAUUUAACCCUCAGAAAAUUGUUCUGCACCUCAAGUGGCCAAAAAUAUUUUCUUUCUAUGACCAGCCACUGACUCUAGUAACAAUUUUGCUGCUUAAUUAUACUGUUGGACAAUACAAAAGUGAAGACUACACAUUAAAUCCAACACCUGCUCCUUGAGAACAGCACCUUCUCUUCCAACUGC